AUGGCAAUAGCUUCUUCAUGUUCCAGUGCAACUUCAUUCUUGCACUUCUCGUUUUCCCUUUCCCUCUCUCUUCUCUUCUUCUCCGCAACGUCGUCAACUGACACAAUCUACGCUGAAAGUUCUCUGUCCGGCAACCAGACCAUCAACUCCGGAGGCGGCAGGCUCGUGCUUGGCUUUUUCACGCCACCAGGCAGCACUGGCACGACCUCCUUCAACUACUACAUCGGCAUCUGGUACGAUACGAUUUCUGUAGUCACCCCAGUAUGGGUGGCCAACAGAGCCACUCCAGUCACCGACCCAACCGCGUCGGAGCUUAAGAUCUCUGACGAUGGCAAUCUCAUCUUCCUCAACCAGUUCAAAUCCAUCAUAUGGUCGACCAACGUCACCACCAUCCCAUCCUCCAACUCCAUAAUCGUCGCGGUCAUCCUUGACACGGGUAAUCUCCAGCUCAGGGAUGAAUCCAACUCCUCUCUCAUCUUCUGGCAGAGCUUCGAUCACCCCACCGACACUUGGCUUCCCGGCGCCAAGAUCGGGUUCAACAAGCUCACCAGCAUGCCUCAACGCCUCACUUCCUGGAAGAGAACAAAGUUGAUCCUUCUCCUGGACUCUUCACUCUCCAGAGCGAUCCAAUCGGCGCAACCUCUCAGUAUUUGCUUUUCUGGAAUUUGUCGAAGGAAUAUUGGGCCAGUGGAAUCUGGGAUGGACACGUCUUCACUUCUGUCCCGAAGAUGA